CGUCCACACACCGAUGCCCCCACCCACACACAACACGAUAGACAGACACAUACAGAGCAAGUGGGAUGAGUAGCCACGAGACAAUACACCACCCGAUCUACACUAACGUGACCGACCAUCACACAUAUAGUAGCACAAACCACCACACACACAGUGGGCGAAAAAAGCUGCCCUCAGGACGAAUGGACCAUUUCACACCAUCACAUUUAAAGCAGGCCCCUUGCAAGCCGUGACAGGCGGCUCUCGAUGACCGUGCCUGCACGGUCUGGGAAAUUGAAGGCCGUCGCGAUAGGGUUCUUCAAUGAGCGCAGCACCGUCACCCGUUUGAUGCGGGGACAUCCGCCGCCCAUCCCAGAGCUUGAAGGCCGCAUGUGGAGUCCCAGCAUCGCCACAAAAUCGCUUUCAGUCUGCACAGGGAAGAGAAAGAUUGGUCCUGUGGGUGCUGACUGGCUGCGCCUACCUUGCUGCUGAACUGUCCCCUGAGUCUGUGUCGUGCCCCGUCCUCGCGGAUGUCCUCCAGGUCCAGCUGCGUGACCCUUUCUCGUCUGUCGUUCUCGAUGGAGCCUUGCUGGCGUGUGACGAGGAGCUCACCACCUGUGUGACAACACAGUGGACGGAAUGAAACAGCGCAAAAGGCGUAUGAGACUGUGCCCGCGUACCGAGUGCGCCGGCGAGAAUCGCCCCUGCCUUGUGAGGGCACUCCAUGGCGGACCAGGGCGCGCUGGGAUACGGCUGCCCUCGCAUUGGCUUGCCUGCAUCCAUCCAUCCAUCCAUCACAGCAGAAACAAAAGGGGAUGGAUCCCACAUUGGCGUCGCCUCCCCUUCUGCUGGUCCGCCCACUGACCUACAGGGAGGACCGACACCAGGCGGCGCUGUGACUUGGCGCAUUCCAACACUCUCUGAGUGUGCGAGACACACAAAUGCGCAUUGUGUCUGUCUGUCUGUCUAUCUGUCCGUCUGUCUGUCUGUCUGAUUACCUGCAACCCUUCCUUGGUGACAUGUCCGUCGGCCAUCAAAUCGUUGGUGGGGUAGGCGAUUUCAAAAAUGCCAUCUUCGUCUGCGGGACCCCCACCUGCAGAGCAGUGGAUGUGUGGGGAUUUCAUUCAUCUCUCUCUCUCCAAAGCACCUGGGAUGACACAGAUGUCGCCGAAGUACUUCUUGAUGGCAGGGAUGACGCUCCCGUCCGUCAGGUCCCCAGGGACUCCGGACUCGGAUUCUUCGUCCUCAUCUGCAACAGAGCCAUUAGAAACCAAAUACAGUAGUGGCGGCUGUGCUGCGGACCGCAUCUCGCUUCUUAAGUACCCGAGGCGAUGCAGACAGCGUUGAGGAAGAUCCUCGUGAUCUCUUGAGCCAUCGCUUGAAGAAUGGAAGCUCGAGGACGAGUAUGGCGCUGGAUGUCGCUGAACCCUAUCACCUGAAACAGCACCACCACCACCACCACAACCACAACCACAACACCAGAGCCUAGAUUUCCCACGGUGCCAUUGUCCUUUCACCCCUCACCAACACAAUGGACAGCUCAGGGUUGCGCACGAGGACGUCCUUGAUCUCACUGAAGCCACACACAAUGGGCAGAAGAGCAGACACGGCACACGGAUCAGGACGGGUGUUCCUGUGAGCUCGACCUGGCAAUGAUGUUGAAUUGGUUCCCUCUGAAGACGGAAUCAUCCCCUGAUAUGACCACCAGUCGCUUCGGAAGCGCUGUCGCCGAUGCACUCGAGUUUCUGCUCGAUAGAUGCCGCUCUUGCUGCUCACCGACUCGCACCACCACGUCCUUGCCAUCUGUCCUGUCGUCCGCAGCUCCAUUCCCCUCCCACUUUGCGUCGCUCGUGAGCCCGAUCAGGUCUUGCUGUUCCUUCUGGUCUUGCUGUUCCUUCUUGUCAGCCGCAUUUUGGCGAGUGGCGGGACGGAGAUGCAGGUGCGUGGGAGGCCACAGACGAGGCGGCCAGUCGUCGGCCAUGUCGACCUUCGAGCGCUUGGUCUGGCCUCCUUCUCGGCUUGUGGGUUGGAUGGGGCCUGUCUGCAUGCUCUCCCCUCCCCUCUUGCGCGCGCCCUCGUGCAUCUCAUCAUGCAGGCCCGGAUGGUGGGCGGUCGGCCGUGAGCUGGCUCGCCGGUCGAAAAGAGGGCGUGGCUGUGCCUGAGUGGACGGCUGGUAGUGGCUGUUGUUCUGUGCAUCCAGGUCCCUCAGGAAGAUGGAUGUGUCGUUGAGCUCGUCAGGGGAUGCACGUGUGGCCUGGAAGACGCCAUGUGCGUCAUCAGCCGCCUCUCGCCACUGCCGGAGGGAUGAGCUCGACAGGCCACCGUAAGACCCACUGGUACCGGCGAUGCACGAGGGCCGGAGGUACUGGCGGUAGGGCGACUUGUGCCACUCGAUCUCGUUCUCGAGGUGGGCCACGAAGGGACGCACAUAGCGACGGAAACCUGCAGGCAGAACAGGGAACAGCCAAUGAUGGGCAGCAUGGCUGAGCAAGUGCGGGUGUGGCUGCUUACCGAGCACCGAGAGCGAUGCCAGCACACGUCUGAUGCGCAGGUGGUUGUGGGGGAAAUGCAGGAAGGCGUCACGGUACCUGCACACCAACACAACCAUCCACUCAUGUCCUCCCUCCCUCUUGUCGUUCGCCGCACCUACCGAUUGUUGAAGUUGCCAUUUGUGUUUCGCCCCACCUGGCCUGUCCGCUCGUCCACCAGGUACAUGCCGAGGAAGUCCAGCCAUAGCUUGUACGACUUGACAACACGACGAGCGACCUGCAAACAAUCAGUGCACAGACGUAUGCUUGGAUUGCUUCCACGCAGCUCCUCGGGUGACAGCGCGCACCUCUCUGUCCUGGCGGCAUGCACCGGCCUCCUCCCGGGUCAGCGGCCGGGCGUCCGAGUUGAAGCUGCUCUGGAAGUAGCUGGGGAACAGCCACUGAAUCCACGAGUGGUUGCUGUAUCAAGGCAGAAGAGCAGCAUAACAAGCCUUCCGUGCCGCGCCGUGUGUGUGGUCUUUGCCUACUCUUCGAGCUCAGCGUAGUCGCCGAAUCCCCACUUAUGAAUGUCAUCAAUGGUCCUGUACCUUCCACUAAAAUCAAGGGACACACUACAGCCAUGCACCAGGUACCCUAAUGCGAAGCGUGACAUGCUGACCCGAAGCUGACGGGGUGGUUGUUGCAGUAGAAGGACAGAUUGGUGCCGCUCGAGGUGUGCCAGCGGCCUGCUGCUGCCCUGCCGGCGGCGCUGGCGCUGUCGUAUACCUUCCUCCAGUGAUGACCGGCGUACGGGUCCGGCGUGUACAU